AGCGGCGAGGAGCGAGCUGAGCUCCAGGGUCCUCGGCCCUGGCCGCCUGGACCCGGCCUCUAGGGCUGCGCGGGCGGCCGUCGAGAGUGACCGCACUCCGUCACUCGGGGCUCGCCACCGGGACACCCCAAAUUCCGGCACCGCGCCUCGCCUCUCUGCAUUUGCCGACCCCCAGCGUCAGCGCGUGGGCGGGCGGUGGGGGCGGAGCUCGCCCUCCCGGGCCGCUGAUUGGCUGCUUCCGCUUCCCUUUCACCUUCCCGGUUGCGAAGUUCAGGUGUGAAGGGACCGCGGUCUGCGAGCCCGCCGCUGUCUGAGAGGUUGCGGUUUGCUCUCGCAGGGAGGCGUUAAUCUCGCUCAGGCUUCUGCGGCAGCGCCCCACCAGCCCAGUUUCCAGAAAUAGUUUGGGUUUAUAUUAUUUUCUCGGACGGUGGAAGAUGUUGGCAUUUAUGUUCGCCUCUACACGAAUGUUUUGCUGGCAACUUAAAUGACUAUUUUUCUCAGAAACGCGAGAUAUUUCCCCCCCCCAGGUGUUCAGACUGUUAUUUUUCAUGACAGAUCUUGACCACAAUACAUACAAAAAAUACAUAGAGAUGAUAACUAAUAUAGUUAUAUUGAGUCUGAUCAUUUGCAUUUCUUUAGCUUUCUGGAUUAUGUCUAUGACUGCAAGCACCUAUUAUGGUAACUUACAGCCUAUUUCUCCUUGGCGUUGGCUGUUUUCAGUUUUUGUUCCCGUUUUGAUCGUCUCUAAUGGCUUUAAAAAGAAAAGUCUAAAUCAUAGUGGAGCUUUAGGAGGGCUCGUGGUUGGAUUUAUCCUAACCGUUGCAAAUUUCAGCUUUUUCACCUCUUUGCUGAUGUUUUUUCUUUCUUCCUCAAGACUCACUAAAUGGAGGGGAGAAACAAAGAAACGUCUAGAUUCAGAAUACAAGGAAGGUGGGCAGAGGAAUUGGAUUCAGGUAUUCUGUAAUGGAGCUGUGCCCACAGAGCUGGCCCUGCUAUACAUGAUAGAAAAUGGCCCCGGGGAAAUCCCAAUAGAUUUUUCCAAGCAGCACACUGCUUCUUGGAUGUGUUUGUCUCUCUUGGCUGCACUGGCCUGCUCUGCUGGAGACACAUGGGCUUCAGAAGUUGGCACUGUUCUGAGUAAAAGCCCACCGAGGCUGAUAACAACCUGGGAGAAAGUUCCAGUAGGGACCAACGGAGGAGUUACGAUGGUGGGCCUUGCCUCCAGUCUCCUUGGAGGGACCUUUGUGGGCAUUGCAUACUUCCUCACGCAGUUGGUUUUUGUUAAUGAUUUAGACGUUUCUGCUCCUCAGUGGCCAAUUAUUGCAUUUGGGGGUCUGGCUGGAUUACUAGGAUCAAUUGUGGAUUCGUAUUUAGGAGCUACCAUGCAAUUUAGUGGUUUGGAUGAAAGCACUGGCAUGGUGGUCAGCAGCCCAGCGAAUGAGGUGAAGUACAUAGCAGGGAAACCCAUUCUUGAUAACAAUGCCGUGAAUCUGUUUUCUUCUGUCCUUGUCGCCCUCUUGCUCCCAACAGCAGCUGCUUGGGGUUUUUGGCCCAGACAGUGAAUUUUAUUUCAUUUACUAAAGUUAAAACUUCGGUAAAUUCAGCUAAAUUUGCAAUUCCAAGUCUCAUCCCAAGAAGAGUAAUUGUAAUGACAAAGCAGAAAGGCCAGCUUCUCCUCUAUUCCAUUACAAUGGAACUCCACGUUUUUCCUCUCUCUGAACUCCAUUGUAACAACUAAUAUCUUUUUGGUGAAAGACAAGGCUCAUAGAAUUUAUGCAUAUUUUUCUUCUGCUGAAUGGAACUUGAGCCGUGAAACUAUAAUGUCCCUAUAUAUUGAACUGAAAGUUCCUGCAUGGUAGAUAUAAAUUUUAUUUUGUUUGUUUAAAUCAGUAAAGGGACUAAAAGUAAUAAAAGUUUUAAAUGGCUCAGUUGUGGCAGAGAAAUGUCACCAUGCCAAUUAUCCAAA